AAAAACCCGGCUCGUCUGCGCGCGGUCCACCGCUCCAUUAGCACGAGCUGUGAGCUUCCGGGGGGACACAGAAUUAAGGCGGAAGCGGCAGCAGCAAUGGCGCCGACGACGACCACGGCGGCGGCGGCGGCUGCGGCGGCGGAGCAGCAACAGCAUACGACGAGGAAGGUGCUGGGGCUCGCGGCGCAUGACGCCUCCGGCCACCUCACGCCUAUCCGCAUCUCGCGAAGGAACACUGGAGACGACGACGUCGCCAUAAAGGUACUGUACUGUGGGAUAUGUCACUCUGACCUGCACACCAUCAAGAACGAGUGGAGAAACGCUGUCUACCCAGUUGUUGCAGGGCACGAGAUCGCCGGGGUGGUCACCGAGGUCGGCAAGAACGUGGAGAGGUUCAAGGCCGGCGACAGCGUCGGCGUCGGGUGCAUGGUGAACACCUGCCGCUCCUGCGAGAGCUGCCGGGACGGGUGCGAGAACUACUGCUCCCGGGUCGUCUUCACCUACAACUCCGUCGACCGGGACGGCACGCGCACCCACGGCGGCUACUCCGGCAUGGUCGUCGUCGGCGAGCGCUUCGUCGUGCGGCUCCCCGCCGCGCUGCCGCCCGACCGCGGCGCGCCGCUGCUGUGCGCCGGCGUGACCGUGUACGCGCCCAUGCGGCAGCACGGGCUGUGCGAGCCCGGGAGGCACGUCGGCGUGGUUGGCCUCGGCGGCCUCGGCCACCUCGCCGUCAAGUUCGCCAAGGCGUUCGGGAUGAAGGUGACGGUGGUCAGCACGUCGCCGGCGAAGAGGCAGGAGGCCCUGGAGGGUCUCGGCGCCGACGCCUUCGUUGUCAGCACCAAUGCUAGUGAGAUGAAGUCUGUGAUGGGCACCAUGCAUGGCAUCAUAAACACGGCCUGCGCAAGCACAUCCAUGAACCCUUACCUGGCGCUACUGAAGCCCAAGGGCAAGAUGAUCUUGGUUGGCCUGCCUGAGAAGCCUCUCCAGAUCCCUCCCUUCGCUUUGGUUGCCGGGGGGAAGACACUGGCCGGCAGUUGCAUGGGGAGCAUCAGUGACACGCAGGAGAUGAUCGACUUCGCCGCCGAGCACGGGGUGGCUGCCGACAUCGAGCUGAUCGGCGCCGACGAGGUGAACACGGCCAUGGAGCGCCUCGCCAGGGGCGACGUCAGGUACCGCUUCGUCAUCGACAUCGGCAACACCCUCAGGUCGGACUGACUAGGGGCCUCACUGUCGCUGCUCUCAGCCCUGUAGCACACUGAACCUGCAAAUCCUGCAAAGCUCCACGGUGCAAAAAUCUUGCUACAACACACCCCAUCUCUACUUGUGCCAAUAAAUAUUGUAGCAAGAGUGGUAUAUUAUUGUACUAAUUUGUCCUUAAUAUAGCGUUGCGACACACAUGUAUAUUGUGUAAUGGAAUGGAUCAAUGACUCUUAUCCAAGCAACGAAGACAAUAAUGAACCAUUUUCAUUUUGCA